CAUUGAUGCCACAGCUAGAGCUUGAUAAAGACCCUUUACUGGAUAUUUGUCCUUCAGUAAUGGAUCAGCGAUCAAUUUGAACUUUCUUUUAUCCUUAAAUUGCGGGGUUGCCUGCAAAAACCAUAUCAGAAUCAAGAAUUUUCCAGUUUUUGAUGUCAAAUAGCAUUUGAAGUAUGUUUCGUGUCCAGAAAUGAACAAAGUUCUCCCGCGAUUUGAUCAUUGUAUCGAUUAACUUACCCAUGCAACCAGGUUUUGUUGUUCACUUGGUUUAGAGGGAUCAAUAGCUCUUUUUCCUGAUAUGAUCUCCAGAAAAACAACUCCAAAGCUAUACAUAUCAGAUUUAGUUGUCAACUGUCCUGUCAUGGCAUACUCUGGAGCACAAUAGCCAUAAGUGCCCAUCACCCUUGUAGACACAUGGUCUUGCUCUCCUGUUGGACCUAGUUUAGCAAGCCCGAAAUCAGAGAGCUUGGGAUUGAAAUCGUUGUCUAAUAAUAUGUUUGAUGCUUUCAGGUCCCGAAAUAUAAUUGGCGGAUUGGCGGUAUCAUGCAAAUGCUCUAGUCCUUCUGCAGCUCCUUUUGCAAUUUUCAUCCUCUUAUACCAAUCAAGAGGGGGUCUUUCAGCACAAGUUUCUGAGUGAAGAUACUACGGAACGGAUCAGUGGUUACUAAAUAGAGACGCGAUUCAAAUUAACACAAUCUAAGUUGAGAAGCUUACCGAAAAGGUGAUUUUCUAAGCUACCAUUUGGCAUGUAUUCAUAGACUAAGAUUCUUUGUUGGCCAUCAGCACAAUAUCCCAAAAGUUUGACAAGGUUCGGAUGGUUAACAAUACUUAGUGUCAGAACCUCUGCCAGGAACUCCCGGUUUCCUUGAUAUCCAUUUCUGUCGAGUUGCUUUACUGCAACAAUCUGAAGGACAAACAAAAGCCGAGUCAAGACUAAUACAACUGAAGCUCCCAUGGAAAAAGAUGAAGAAGAGAGAAAAUAUAAAAAGAAGAGGCGAAGAGAUCGCAGACACAGAAAAAGAAAACGUCGUGGUGCAAGGUUCAAGACCACGAAUGCGGGUGCUGUUCCCAGAUCGGCAGAAAUGGCUGUUGACCGAUGGCUAGAUUUGCCAAGCGGUCCACUGGGUCAAAUCUUUUCUAAAUUAAACCCCAUAGAUGCGAUUCUCGUGAUUCCAUUGGUCUGCAAAUACUGGGGUCAGAUCUUCUUGAAGCAAGUAUUUCGUAUACAAGAGAAUAGUACUGAUUUAGAUCUCACCCGAUUAUGUUCCACACCUUUGUAUUCCCUUUUUCACCUAUCUGGGAAUGAGAAUGUAAGGGCAAAGAGGUUAAUGACUGUGAUUGUUGGUUUUCUUCAUGCAUUUGCCUCUGGGAGUGAAAAUGAUGCUCACAAUAGUACUGCAGCCAGGCCAACUUUGAUCACAGAUUUAGACACUGGGGCCGCACUCUCCAUUCAUGACAGACACCUUGUUUAUAUUGCGCAAAGACCUCAGAAGUCUUCUCCUCCCUUGCGUGAAAAACAUUACGCGCAAAGGAAUUUCAAGGGCACUGCAGUGCUGGAGUGGCAUGGAAAUGUUGAUGGUGCGGGGACCACUCAAUAAUCUACCUCUCCCCGUUAUUAUCGAAGAAAUCGGAGUUAAUUGUCUGCGUCAUGUUAAAAUAUCCAAGUAUGCGCUACAUAGCUUUUUGUCAAGGUUGAAGAAACCAAUGUUGCUGUAUCUUGAUUCUUGUUUCUAUACAAAUAAUGAAGACAGAGGUGAGCAAGCCUGCUUCAAAAUAUGGAAUAUUCAGAUAGGUUGUAGAAUCAAGUGGAGGACUAACAUAUGCAGCUAUAAAGUGGAGGAAUUGUAUACCUCUAAAGGACUCACUGAUCUAAUCUGGAAGCUCAAAAAUUAGACAUUGCUUUUGUCCAAGCUGCAGGGUUUGGGACACAAGCUUCUGUACUUCUCGAACUACAGAUGAUAAUGAAUGGAAUGCGCUCCUGGAAAUCUUAGGAAGGGACAUGUAUGUCAUUUUAAGUUUUAACUUGUUUUCAGAUAGUUUUGACAAAUUUGAGUGAACUCUAAAUAUUGAGGCUCAAAAUGCUGUCAUUUUGUCUUUGGAUUUCUUUGUUCGGAUGGAUGCCUUCGUUAUUAGCUUUACUGUCUUUGGAUUUC